CGCUGGCUCUGUUCCUAUUAUUGGUGUGCUUUGUUUGACUCACUCAUCCCCUCCUCUCCUCCCUCGGUUCUUUCCUUUCCUUGCCCUUCCUUCAAACUCUCUCUGCCCUCCCUCCCUACCUCACCUUCCAUCCCCGUACAUUAGCUCCUCUCAUCAUCUCAAAAUCCAAACCACCACACUAAAACAUAGAUGGGGACUACUAACCACCACCACCACCACCACCACCACCAACCCACCACUUUUCCCAUCAAGAAGCUCAUAACUGGAGCUCUCUAUACCCUCCUUCCCUUGGCCCUCCUCCAUGUAUAUCUCUUCCCCAUCUCCUUGAAACAACCCAAACUCAUCACCAGUACUCAAUCCCAAAAAACCUCCUCCCCCUCCAUACCUUCCUCUCUAGCAGCUGGGGAAGGAGUUGAACACAGGCAUAGCCCGAGAAGUCCCCGGUGCGACUAUUCCGAUGGCCGGUGGGUACCGGACUCACGCGGGCCUCGAUACAAUGGCACCAGCUGCAGCACCAUCAAAGAUGGCCAGAACUGCAUGGCCCACGGCCGGCCCGACACCGGCUAUCUCUACUGGCGGUGGCAGCCUAACCACUGCCAGCUCCCGGCCUUCGAUCCCGUGUCAUUCCUCCACUUGAUCCAAAACAAGCACUUGGCCUUCGUCGGCGACUCCAUGGCCCGGAAUCAGUUAGAGUCCCUCCUCUGCCUCCUCUCCGCCGCAUCGCCGCCCGAGCUGGUCUACCGAGACGGGCAGGAAAACAAAUUCCGGCGGUGGGUCUUCCAUGGCUACAAUGCCACCGUCUCGAUCUUUUGGUGCCCGUUCCUCGUUAAGGGGAUAGAGAAGUCGGCGGCUCCCGGCUUAAAUCACAACAAGCUGUAUCUAGACUCGGCGGACGACCGGUGGGCGUCGGAAUUGGAUCGAAUGGAUAUGGUGGUCUUCUCGGUUGGGCACUGGUUCCUCCACCCGGCUAUCUACUACGAGAAUGAGUUAGUCCUUGGCUGCCACCAUUGCCCUGAGUUGAAUCACACCGAGAUCGGUUUCUUCGAUGUCUUUCGCAAGGCAUUCAAGACUACACUCAAGGUGGUGAGUAGUCAAGAUUGGUCAUCACCGGCUUCCUCCGAGAAGCUCGUGGUGGUGACCACCUUCUCGCCGGCGCACUUCGAAGGGGAGUGGGACAAAUUUGGUGCUUGUCCGAAGAAAAAGCCUUACAAAGAAGGGGAGAAGGGGAUGGAAUACAUGGACGCUGAGAUGAGGAAGAUAGAGGUGGAGGAGGUGGAGGCGGCGGCCUCGAAGGGGGCGGCGAAGAGCGGAGGGAGGUUGAGGAUCGAAGCACUGGACGUGACCAAACUGGCGCUGCUGAGGCCGGACGGCCACCCGGGGCCUUACAUGUAUCCGAAUCCGUUUGCUGAUGGAAUAAAAGAGAAGGUCCAGAACGACUGCGUGCAUUGGUGCUUGCCGGGGCCAAUCGAUACUUGGAAUGAGAUAUUGUUAGAGAUGAUAAAGAGAUGGAAAUAAGAGAAUAACUGAAGAAGAGGAGGCCAUCCUAAGUAUUUUUUUGUUGCCUAUGAUUUGAGCGAAGGAAUAUUGGAUUGAAUUAAUUCAUUUUUAUCUACGUUCUUGCUUUUUGAUCAAUUUUGAUUAAAGAUUUAAAGGUAGAGAGCUGAGGAAGCUUUUAUGAGCUACAACAUUGAUGCUUCAUAGGGAAAGGUCAUGGUUCAUAUGUUAUCGAUGAGGUUGGUGAGGGCUUAAGUUGAGCUUUUCGCAUCAAAAGAAGAACACCUUGGGACCACAAUACUUUGGUCUGAAGCAGUGGAAAUCCAGCUGUCUCAAGAAUGAAGACAAAGGGAGGGCAGUGGAUACGAGAAGUGGCAGGCAGCAUCUCUUCAAUGCACAUUGGAUUAGAUUGGUUGUGGAACAGUUGUUGAAGAGGGCCAUUUGUCUAAGAUACUGCCUUGGAGUUGGAAGCUGGCCUCUGUUUGGUGAUGGCAGAGAUCUUGUAGUUCGUAGGAUCAGUAGCAAUGGCAAAAAGUGUUUUUCCUAGAGCGCUGAAGUCCAAACCUUAGUUGAUUUACCAAAUAAACUUUGGAAUAGUUCCAAUGAGAGUGGCAAUAGUUGGAUUCCUUUGUGUGAGUUUUGAUGGGAUGUCACUAUUGGAAGUCACUAACAAGCAUAUUUUUGGGUCACCAUCAACCUGCAGCAAAUGUGAAAUGAUUAUUAUGAACUUUUGUUUUUGGAAAUUAAGGAUUAUUAUAAACUUAAAUUUUGAUUUGUAUGUAG